AUGCCGCGAGAGGCAUUCAUAAGCUGCGAUUGGGUGAAUGCCACUGUAUGGCUUUUGUCACCUACCCAACCCUUCACUCAUUCCCACAAACCCUCCUCUCUUUUUCAAUCCUAUCCAACCGCUUCCCACUGCCUUCCCUCUCACGCUCCCAACACUACACAUUCUACUCCCGCGCAUGCACCGCACUCUCCACUCAGUCAACUGGGAUUAUCUCCUGUGCUAAUGAAAAAGCUACUUAUUGAGGGUCCCUCUCUUUACUUACUCACCGAGCCCUGGCUCGUAAAUGCCAGAGGGGCUAACCACUUCCCACGCACAAAACUUUCUCCGCAAGUUCCACCCCCCUCGCCACAAUAA